AUGGGGUGGCCAAGUCAAUCUCCGGACCUGAACCCGAUCGAACAUCUCUGGGAAGAGUUGGAGCGACGUUGUGCCAACAAAAGAGCCAAGAAUUGCAACGAGAAGUUUGCUCAACUGCUGUCUGAAUGGAAUCAGAUCCCCAUGUCUACCAUCGACACUUUGCUCAAUUCUAUGCAGAGAAGAUGCCAGGCAGUGAUUGACGCCAGGGGCUUCGCAACCAAGUACUAG